GUGUUUUGUUUUUUUUUGUGAUUCAAUUAACAGUUAGUUUUGGAGUUAUGUUUAUUUGGCGCAAUUAAAAAAGAUUAAAAUGAACACGCUUCGCCAAACAUCAUGGACCAAGCAUUUGAUAUCGGUGGCAUGAGAAAAGCACCAUGGUGGGCCACUGGCUGGCUGCCUUCCCGCUCCUGCUGCUCCUACACCAUACCGAAAUGAGACCGGAGGAUGACCACCACUCAAAGCACCACCAUCGUCACAGACAUAAAUCCGACCAAACCCAGGACUUCGCCAUCUUUCCCAUCUUCAACGAUGACCUGUCAUACCAGAGCUUAGUUUUAGAGGAGAGAAAACGUGAUUGGAUGAAUAUGUCCAACGAUCAAUUUGGAGAAAUGAAGGACAAGAAACAUCUCCAUUGGCCAAUAAAAAGAGAGGCUGUCAUCGAAGGCGAUCUGGUGCUAGGGGGACUGAUGAUGGUUCAUGAAAGAUCUGAUAACAUGACAUGUGGGCCAGUGAUGCCGCAGGGAGGUGUCCAAGCUUUGGAGACGAUGUUGUAUACCCUGGAUUAUAUCAAUGACUUAAAGUUGAUCCCUGGUGUGACCUUAGGCACUCAUAUUUUGGAUGAUUGCGAUAAAGAUACUUAUGGGCUGGAGAUGGCAGUGGAUUUUAUCAAAGGGUCGAUAAGCAACAUCGACGACGCUGAAUACGCCUGCAACGCUACGGCGGUGAGGAAGGUGAUAUCCGGCGUGGUCGGAGCGGCAUCUAGCGUCACUUCGGUCCAAGUCGCCAACUUGCUUAGGCUGUUCAAAAUACCACAGGUGUCGUUCUUCUCAACGUCCCCCGAGCUGUCAAACAAGGCUCGCUUCGAGUACUUCACGCGGACCAUACCCUCGGACCUGUUCCAAGUGCGGGCCAUGGUGGAGAUCGUCAAGAAGCUCAACUGGAGCUACGUGUCCAUCAUAUAUGAAGAGUCCAGCUAUGGCAUUAAGGCAUUUGAAGAACUAGAAGCACUGCUGGGAAGAAGUGGAAUCUGUAUCGCCGUAAAAGAGAAGCUGGUGAAAGACUCAGGUGUCGCUGCAGAGACGGUAUACGACGGCAUCGUACAGAAGCUGCUUACCAAGCCUAGGGCAAGAGGUGCCAUAAUUUUCGGCUCGGACCAAGAAGUAGCCGGCGUGAUGCGCGCCGUGGAGCGCAUCAACGCCACAGGCUCAUUCUCCUGGGUGGGCUCCGACGGGUGGAGCGCGCGCUCGCUGGUCUCUGACGGCAACGAGCGCGCGGUGGAAGGCACCAUCAGCGUGCAGCCGCAGGCGAACAACGUCAGCGGCUUCAAGAAGUACUUCCUGAGUCUUAAUGCGAGGGAUAAUAGAAGGAAUCCGUGGUUUGUAGAAUUCUGGGAAGAUCACUUCCAAUGCCGGUACCCGGGCAGUCCGCGGACGCCGUACAACGUGAAGUACACGAAGCCGUGCUCCGGGCUGGAGCGGCUGACGGAGGACAACACCGAGUUUGAAGGGCAGCUGCAGUUCGUCUCCGAUGCUGUCAUGGCGUUCGCUUAUGCUAUCAGAGACAUGCACGCCGAAGUUUGCGGCAGACCAGGCCUAUGCGAGGCCAUGAGGCCUGCCAGCGGUUCGGAACUCUUGCGCUUCCUGAGAAAAGUAGAGUUUACUGGUCUAAGCGGCGACGAAUUCCGCUUCGACGGCAACGGGGACGGCCCGGCGCGCUACAACAUUCUACACUUCAAGCAGGUCUCCAGGGGCAACUACCGCUGGCUCAAGGUCGGAGAGUACCUGGACGGGGAGCUACAGUUGGACCUGGACGGUAAGAGUUGGAGCUACAACAUUCUACACUUCAAGCAGGUCCCCAGGGGCAACUACCGCUGGCUCAAGGUCGGAGAGUACCUGGACGGGGAGCUACAGUUGGACCUGGACGAGAUACAAUUCAAGUUGGACUACCGUCGGCCCCCGGAAUCCGUAUGCAGCGCAGAGUGCGAGCUGGGGCAGGCCAAGCAGUACGUCGAGGGAGAGAGCUGCUGCUGGCACUGCUUCAACUGCACACAGUACGAGAUACGUUCACCAGAGGUCGAGACGGCGUGCGUCGUAUGCAGUCGAGGCACCCUACCCGACCCUACUAGGACGCAUUGCAUGCCAAUACCCGAGGCAUAUCUGCGACCCGAUUCUGCCUGGGCUAUUGGUGCUAUGUCGUUCUCUUCUGUUGGCAUCUUGGUCACAGCUUUCGUGUGUGGUGUGUGGGCGCGACAUAGUUCGACGCCUGUCGUCCGCGCGAGCGGGAGGGAACUGUCGUACGUCCUGCUCGCCGGCAUCCUGAUGUGCUACCUCGUCACCUUUGCGCUGGUCUUCCGUCCCACGGACAUCCUGUGCUCCAUUCAAAGGUUCGGUACCGGUUUCUGCUUCACUGUAGUAUACGCUGCUCUGCUGACGAAGACGAACCGCAUCUCCCGCAUCUUCAACGCCAGCAAGCACUCGGCCAAGCGGCCUAUCCUCAUAUCGCCCAGCUCGCAGCUCGCGAUAUGUGCGGGCUUGGUGUCUAUACAGGUGCUAAUAGUAGUGGUAUGGAUGAUAGUGGCCCCGGCCCGGGCCAUGUUCCACUACCCGACCCGAGAAGAUAACAUGCUGGUAUGCGACUCGUACGUGGACGCGUCGUAUAUGAUCGCGUUCUUCUACCCCAUCGUGCUCAUCCUCGUCUGCACGGUGUACGCUGUGCUCACGCGCAAGAUACCUGAAGCUUUUAAUGAGAGCAAGCAUAUAGGGUUCACCAUGUACACGACAUGCGUGAUCUGGCUAGCCUUCGUGCCGCUCUACUUCGGCACCGCGAGCCACGUGCCCCUGCGAGUCACCAGCAUGGCUGUCACUAUAUCGCUUAGUGCCAGCGUCACCCUCGUCUGCCUGUUUUCACCUAAGUUAUACAUAAUCCUGAUCCGGCCCGAGCGCAACGUGCGCCAGAGCAUCAUGCCGGUGCGCUACAGCAGAAAACCGGUGCCCGCGCACCCCGUGCCCCGCUCUGCGAGCAAGCGAACAAUAUGUGCAAACAAAGAAACCCAGACGGAACCAGCAGACUUCACCAAGCUCGCCAACGGUCAAUCGUGCCAACUAGUCGACAAAGAACAGAAAGAGAAAGAAGAUAAAAUUAGCAACGUCAAGAUAAUCAAUAACAAGCCAGAGGCGUUAUAGCAACGAGAGUCCACGAAAUCAUUGAACGAGUACCCUAGAGUAAAUAAUAACGAUGUUUUAAAGAGGAGAUCGUGUUCUUGCAAGGGCAGGACACGGACACCGGUUGUUGUAUAAAUUUUUAUG